AGCGCGUCCACGUGACGCGUAUCGCAGCCGACUGCGAGGUGGCACAGCACACGCGGCAGUGUACCGUGCAGCCACCGCCGAAGGUCUUGGUUGACAACGCAAGAGGAGAUCUAGACAGUUGUCAAGCGGUCCGAGGCACAGGUGCUCGUAACAAUCGCUCCUGAUACCCAAGUCUGCGUUCGAUCGGCUUUGCACACAAAAUCGAGACCUUUCAGGAAAUACAAGCUGCGCCUAGAAACGGAAGCACGACAUGGAAGGUGGCCAGACCUAUGGCAAAGAGCUUGCCGACCAAGUGGACCGGCUUGUCAGUCUCUCCGACGCUCAGUUGGAACUUCUCGCCGAUGUGCGAGAAUUAUACAAAGAACGCGUAGUUCUGGAGCGUGAAUAUGCAGGAAAGCUACAGGCGCUCGCAAAGAAAGCUGCCGAUAAGAAGAGCAAGAAGGAAGCCAUUCUGGUCGUCGGUAACGAGCCCACAAAAUCUUGGGGUGAGGACACCCUUCAGCUGAGCACCCUGAACAAUGCAUAUGGGCAGAUUAUCUCUGCCAUGCUAGAGUCUGCGCAGGCGCACGUCAGCCUAUCAGACCAACUAACCUCGCAGGUGAUUGACGCAUUGAAGGGUUCCGAACGUAGGCAUGAAGAAGCAAAGAAGAAGCAGGAGCAACAUUUUGCGAAAUUAUUAGCUGAACGAGACCGCGUGUACUCUGAACGCGUCAAGAGCAAGCAGAAGUACGAUGAUGAAUGCAACGAAGUAGAGACCUAUCGUCAGAAGCAGGAACGCGCCAACGACGAUCGGCACGCGGACCGGGCAGCUAAGCAAUACGAGCAACAACAAGUGGACAUGCUGAAUGGCAAGAACGUCUACUUGGUAUCCAUUGCGGCUGCUAAUGCCGCGAAGGCCAAAUUCUACAAUGAGGACUUGCCUGCACUGGAGAAUCAAUUCCAGCUGCUCCAUACACAACUGCUGACAAGAUUCGCUACCAUCAACUUACAAGCCCAAGCUCUGCAGAAGUCCCACCUCGAGACGCUCAAAGACCAAUUAUCUACAACGGAGGAGAAGCUGAAGGCGAUGAAACCUCAGGCAGAUCAGAACCUUUUCAUCGAGCACAACCUCAGAACAUUCAUGGUGCCCACUGACUGGAGCUUCGAGCCGUGUUCGACGCAUUACGAUACGGGUGACAUGAGUGUUGAACCUGCACCCAAGGUCUAUCUUCAAAACAGACUUACCAAAAGCAGAGCUAAACUUAGUGAAUUGAGGCCCGUCAUCGAUGGAAAACGCAGGGAUGUCGAGCAGUUUUCCAAGUUGAUGGAUGCAUAUACCAAGAACAGCAGCCUCGGCAAUGCAGAUGAAGCAUCUGACAGUUAUCUAGAAGCACAACACCAGCUGACAUUCUUCACAUGUUCCGAAUGUGUCCUGUCUGCCGAGGUCGAGACCAUUUCGACCGCUCUGGGCGGUGACGAAGGUGAGCAACGGCCGCACACGUUCAAGAGCUCGACCUUCUCCAUCCCGACCACGUGUGCCUAUUGCAAGUCCAAUAUUUGGGGCCUCAGUAAGCAAGGAAAGACGUGCAAGGCGUGUGGAAUCUCGGUUCACAGCAAAUGUGAACUGAAGGUUCCUGCUGAAUGCUCGGGUUCUCGAGGUAGCAGUCGCACCAACUUCGCCGCUGGCACCGGCUCAACCAUGUCUCGGUCUUCGACUAUCUCGUCACAAGCUUCGACGCCGUCUCUGCGGACACCAACGCCGUCGUCUUUCAUCUCCCAGGUGUCUGCCACGGAAGAAGCCGGCCCUCGUGCCCGAGUUCUAUUUAACUUCUCCCCUACGUCGCCGUUUGAGCUGGGAGUAUCCGUGGGAGCGACUGUCCAGGUGCUGGAAGAGGACGAUGGCUCAGGAUGGGUGAAGGUUGCGGACGGCUCUGGAGGCAAGGGCCUCGUGCCUGCUACAUACGUGGAGAUGAUAGGUGCUUCUGUACCGAUACCAGUACCGCCGUCAUCAACAAGACCAAGCCUUCAGAACUCAGGGCAGUAUGUAAAAGGCAUGUAUCCGUACCAAUCCCAAGGUCCGGAUGAGUUGAGCGUUCAGGAAGGUGGGCUGAUCGAGCUGACGAGUGGUCCCACUGGAGGAACAAGAUACGCGGAUGGCUGGUGGGAAGGAGUCGAUGCAACCGGUAGGAAGGGUAUCUUCCCAAGUAACUACGUUGAACUCGUGCAAUGAGUUUUAGACCGCGAAUACAGGCUGUAUCUCAUCAAUGUUGCAUAUUAUACCACGGACCAGCGUUUGAAAAGCUCGUAUGCUGCUGUGAUUAUUCUCUGUCAUCUGUAAAGCCACCCACGUGCGAUACGAGUUCGGUGGGAAGGUACCAUCCCGCGAUCACAUCUUCUAGCUGCUUGGGACAUGGCGACUGAGCAAGCUUUCCGUGGCCUAUCAGAGGGCGUUACGAUCUGCGAUAGCGACAAUUGUAGUCUUGUGGUAGAAAUCCCUUCACGCUAUGAAAGUUCACCAUGUGCAUCUCCCAC